AGGUUCAUGCCACUGCACUACAGCCUGGGCAAUAAGAGUGAAAAUCCAUCUCAAAAAAAGAAAAUCCUGUUGGGUGAGUGCCUUACCCUCAUGACGUCAUUGAACCUUAAUUACCUUCUGAAGACCCUAUCUCCAGAUGUAGUCAAUUGCGGGUUAGGGCUUCAACGUAUGAAUUUGGGGGACACACAGUUCAGCCCACAGCAACAUGGUUCUACCCAAAGACUUGUACAUCAGCACUGAGCCAGGCGUGCCCAUUGCCUGCUGGGAAUUGAGCUGGGUGGCUGUGUCUGGACUUCUGCAUUUCCCACUGUGGGAGUCCUUGGCAGCCCACCGGUGUGAUAAGAUUGUGAUGGCAUUGCUGUAACAAUACUUUCAUAGCAUUUUACAAAGUUCUUUCAAGUACGAAGUCUAAUUUAACCUCCCAGGGAACUUGUGAAAUAGAUAUUGUUGUGGUGAUUUUGUGGAUGAGAAAAAUGAGGCACUGUUAAGUGUCUGGCCCAGAGUUCCAUAGUCAAUCAGUGGUAAAAGAAAUCCCUCUCCUCUAACCCUGUAGACAGCCAUGAGAUAUGUCCAUUAAGGUACUCGCAGAUUUCUUUCCCACGUCCAGGCUUUCAGCAUUCAAGGUUUAUCUAGAAGGCUUUGGGAUUUCCAUUGCCUGUAAACUGAGACAGCCAGGCCCAGUGCGUUGCAAAUGCAUGAAAGAUCACCUCAUAAGCAAAAUUGGGUAGACGUAUUCCUCAUAAAGGAGCUGACCUAGUGGACAGAAAGAAACCUUCCUGCGUCUAACCAUGCAUUGAUCCAUGCUUUUGAAAGUUCUGAAAUUCAGCUUUUCUCAUCCUGUUGGUCAGUACAACAGGGUCUGGAUUCCCGAUCCUGAAGAAGUUUGGAAGUCUGCUGAAAUAGCCACGGACUACAUAGUUGGUGACAAGGUCCUGCGACUCCUGCUGGAGGAUGGAACGGAGCUGGAUUAUUCCGUCAAUCCAGAAUCUCUACCUCCACUUCGGAAUCCUGACAUCCUCGUGGGCGAGAAUGACCUCACGGCUCUCAGCUAUCUCCAUGAGCCCGCGGUGCUCCACAACCUCAGGAUCCGCUUUGCAGAAUCCAAACUCAUUUACACCUACAGUGGAAUCAUUUUGGUGGCCAUGAAUCCUUACAAGCAGUUGCCAAUAUACGGAGAUGCCAUCAUCCACGCCUACAGUGGGCAGAACAUGGGCGAUAUGGACCCACACAUAUUUGCUGUGGCAGAAGAGGCAUACAAGCAGAUGGCCAGAAACAACAGAAACCAGUCCAUAAUUGUAAGCGGAGAGUCGGGUGCUGGAAAGACAGUGUCAGCUCGCUAUGCCAUGAGGUACUUCGCCACCGUCAGCAAAUCUGGCAGCAACGCUCACGUGGAGGACAAGGUCCUGGCAUCCAAUCCCAUCACCGAGGCCGUCGGAAAUGCCAAGACCACCCGCAAUGACAAUAGUAGUCGGUUUGGGAAAUACACAGAAAUCAGUUUUGAUGAACAAAAUCAAAUUAUAGGAGCCAACAUGAGAACUUACCUCCUGGAGAAAUCCAGAGUUGUCUUUCAAUCGGAAAAUGAACGAAAUUACCACAUUUUCUAUCAGCUUUGUGCAUCUGCACAGCAGUCGGAAUUUAAACAUCUUAAAUUGGGGAGUGCCGAAGAAUUUAAUUAUACGAGAAUGGGAGGCAAUACUGUCAUUGAGGGUGUGAAUGAUCGAGCUGAAAUGGUAGAGACUCAAAAGACCUUCACCCUACUGGGUUUCAAGGAGGAUUUUCAGAUGGACGUUUUUAAAAUCCUGGCAGCCAUCCUACAUCUGGGCAACGUGCAGAUCACCGCGGUGGGCAACGAGAGGUCCUCAGUUAGUGAGGAUGACAGUCACCUGAAGGUGUUCUGUGAGCUCCUGGGCCUGGAGAGUGGCAGAGUUGCUCAGUGGCUGUGCAAUCGCAAAAUCGUCACAAGCUCUGAGACGGUGGUAAAACCCAUGACCAGGCCUCAGGCUGUCAACGCCAGGGAUGCACUGGCCAAAAAGAUCUAUGCCCACCUGUUCGACUUCAUUGUGGAGAGAAUUAACCAAGCGUUGCAGUUUUCAGGCAAGCAGCACACUUUUAUUGGUGUUUUGGACAUUUAUGGUUUUGAAACCUUUGAUGUGAACAGCUUUGAACAAUUUUGCAUCAAUUACGCUAAUGAAAAACUGCAACAACAGUUUAACAUGCAUGUCUUCAAACUGGAACAAGAAGAAUACAUGAAGGAAGAUAUCCCUUGGACGCUGAUAGAUUUCUAUGACAAUCAACCGGUUAUUGAUCUGAUUGAAGCAAAAAUGGGAAUUCUGGAGUUACUGGAUGAAGAAUGUUUGUUACCACAUGGAACUGAUGAAAACUGGCUUCAAAAGCUGUAUAAUAAUUUUGUCAACAAGAACCCUUUGUUUGAAAAGCCUAGAAUGUCGAACACAUCCUUUGUCAUCCAGCACUUUGCUGAUAAGGUAGAGUAUAAAUGUGAAGGUUUCCUGGAGAAAAACAGAGACACCGUCUAUGACAUGCUGGUCGAAAUCCUGAGAGCAAGCAAGUUUCAUCUCUGUGCCAACUUUUUUCAAGAAAAUCCAGCUCCUCUUUCUCCUUUUGGUUCAAUGAUUACAGUUAAAUCUGCAAAGCAAGUCAUCAAGCCGAACAGCAAGCAUUUCCGGACCACGGUUGGGAGCAAGUUCCGCAGCUCUCUGUACUUGCUCAUGGAGACCCUCAAUGCGACAACGCCCCACUACGUUCGAUGCAUCAAGCCAAAUGAUGAGAAGUUACCCUUCGAGUUUGACUCCAAAAGAAUUGUUCAGCAGCUGCGAGCCUGCGGUGUUUUAGAAACGAUUCGCAUUAGUGCACAGAGCUACCCUUCCAGGUGGACAUACAUCGAGUUCUACAGUCGCUACGGCAUUCUCAUGACCAAGCAAGAGCUUUCCUUCAGCGAUAAAAAGGAGGUGUGCAAGGCGGUUUUACACAGACUCAUUCAGGAUUCUAAUCAGUACCAGUUUGGUAAAACCAAAAUUUUCUUCAGAGCAGGACAAGUGGCUUAUUUAGAGAAACUUCGAUUGGAUAAACUGAGGCAGAGUUGUGUUGUGAUACAAAAGCACAUUCGUGGCUGGCUCCAGAGGAAAAAAUUCCUCCGGGAGAGACGAGCCGCCCUGAUAAUCCAGCGGUACUUCCGGGGUCAGCAAACCGUGAGGAAAGCUAUUACUGCAGUGGCCUUAAAAGAAGCCUGGGCAGCCAUAAUCAUUCAGAAGCACUGCCGUGGGUAUCUUGUUCGCAACCUGUAUCAGCUGAUUCGCGUGGCCACCAUCACCAUCCAGGCCUACACCCGAGGAUUCCUGGCAAGGAGGAGGUAUCGAAAGGUAAGCCACCAGUUUGGGAAGACAUGGACCCAGCAAGAUCUGCCAUACUGUUUCACCACAGAGAAGAUGCUAACAAAUGUCAGUGCAGUGAUAAGUGUGAUCAGCAACAAAGAAAACCAUGGGCUGGUGGAGAAGCUGACCAGCCUGGCUGCUCUUCGAGCCGGGGAUGUGGAAAAGAUUCAGAAGCUGGAAGCAGAACUAGAAAGAGCAGCCGCCCACAGGCGAAAUUAUGAGGAGAAGGGGAAGAGAUACAGGGAUGCUGUGGAAGAGAAGUUGGCAAAGCUUCAGAAGCAUAAUUCAGAACUGGAAACACAGAAAGACCAAAUACAGCUGAAGCUUCAAGAGAAGACUGAAGAGUUGAAAGAAAAAAUGGACAACCUCACCAAGCAGCUCUUUGAUGAUGUACAAAAGGAAGAACGGCAAAGAAUGCUUCUUGAAAAAAGUUUUGAACUGAAAACACAAGACUAUGAGAAGCAGAUUCAGUCUUUGAAAGAAGAAAUUAAAGCUCUCAAGGAUGAGAAGACGCAACUUCAACAGCUGGUAGAGGAGGAGCACGUCACUUCUGAUGGCUUGAAGGCAGAAGUGGCCCGCCUGAGCAAGCAGGCCAAGACAAUCUCUGAGUUCGAAAAAGAGAUACAGCUACUUCAGGCACAGAAGAUAGAUGUGGAGAAACAUGUGCAGUCACAAAAACGGGAAAUGAGAGAAAAGAUGUCAGAGAUCACCAAACAACUUCUCGAAAGCUAUGACAUUGAAGAUGUAAGAAGCAGGCUCUCUAUGGAAGAUUUGGAACAUUUAAAUGAGGAUGGAGAACUUUGGUUUGCUUAUGAAGGACUGAAGAAAGCAACACGUGUUUUGGAGAGCCAUUUCCAGUCUCAGAAGGAGUGCUACGAAAAGGAGAUUGAAGCUUUGAAUUUCAAAGUGGUGCAUCUAAGUCAAGAAAUCAACCACCUGCAGAAGUUAUUCAGAGAAGAAAAUGACAUCAAUGAAAGCAUCCGUCUUGAAGUGACCAGGCUAACAUCAGAGAAUAUGGUUGUGCCCGGCUUCAAAGCACAAAUUUCCAGAAUUGGACGAAGAGAAGCAGAUCUUGAAAUCCAGCCCUGAAUGAACAAACGUCAGAAAAUGAAAGGAAAACUAGAAGAAUUGUCUAAUCAGUUAAAUCGCAGUCAAGAGGAGGAAGGAACACAAAGAAAGGCCAUGGAAGCCCAGAAUGAAAUACAUACCAAAGAGAAGGAGAAGCUGAUUGAUAAGAUUCAAGAAAUGCAGGAGGCCAGUGACCACUUGAAGAAACAAUUUGAAACUGAAAGUGAAGUCAAGAGUAACUUCUGGCAGGAAGCAUCUCGGCUCACUUUGGAAAACAGGGAUCUUGAAGAAGAAUUAGACAUGAAGGACAGAGUGAUUAAAAAGCUACAAGAUCAAGUCAAGACACUAAGCAAGACAGCUGGAAAAGCCAAUGAUGUGCACUCGUCCUCAGGACCUAAGGAGUACCUUGGAAUGCUGCAAUACAAGAGAGAAGACGAGGCCAAGCUCAUUCAGAACCUCAUUCUUGACUUGAAGCCCCGUGGCGUGGUGGUGAACAUGAUCCCCGGGCUGCCGGCUCAUAUCCUGUUCAUGUGUGUGCGCUACGCAGACUCUCUGAAUGAUGCCAACAUGCUGAAGUCCCUCAUGAACAGCACCAUUAAUGGCAUCAAGCAGGUGGUUAAGGAACAUUUAGAAGACUUUGAAAUGCUGUCCUUUUGGCUUUCCAACACUUGCCAUUUUCUCAAUUGCCUGAAGCAGUACAGCGGAGAAGAGGAAUUCAUGAAGCAUAAUAGUCCACAUCAGAAUAAGAAUUGCUUGAACAAUUUUGACCUUUCAGAAUACAGACAGAUUCUCAGUGAUGUGGCUAUACGAAUAUAUCAUCAAUUUAUUAUCAUAAUGGAAAAGAAUAUCCAACCAAUAAUAGUGCCAGGCAUGCUGGAGUACGAGAGCCUGCAGGGCAUUUCCGGCCUGAAGCCCACAGGCUUCCGGAAGCGCUCCUCCAGCGUAGACGACACGGACGCCUACACCAUGACCUCCGUCCUGCAACAGCUGAGUUACUUCUACACCACCAUGUGCCAGAACGGCCUGGACCCCGAGCUUGUGAGGCAGGCGGUGAAGCAGCUCUUCUUCUUGAUCGGGGCGGUCACGCUGAACAGCCUCUUCCUGCGCAAGGACAUGUGCUCCUGCAGAAAAGGGAUGCAGAUCAGGUGCAAUAUCAGCUACUUAGAAGAAUGGCUUAAAGAUAAGAAUUUGCAGAACAGCUUAGCAAAGGAAACAUUGGAGCCCCUCUCUCAGGCAGCCUGGUUGCUUCAGGUCAAGAAGACCACAGACAGUGAUGCUAAGGAGAUCUACGAACGCUGCACCUCACUGUCUGCUGUACAGAUCAUAAAGAUCCUUAAUUCAUACACGCCUAUAGAUGACUUUGAGAAGAGAGUGACUCCAUCCUUUGUUCGCAAAGUACAGGCUCUCCUAAAUAGCCGUGAGGAUUCAUCACAGCUGAUGUUGGAUACCAAAUAUCUCUUUCAAGUCACAUUUCCUUUUACCCCGUCUCCACAUGCUCUGGAAAUGAUUCAGAUCCCCAGCAGUUUCAAGCUAGGCUUUCUGAAUAGGUUAUAGCAGGAGAAAAAGUCAAUGCACUUUUUCCUCAAAAGCUAAGUGAAGGUUCAAUAUGAGGGAUGUGGUUUAUUAAUUGGCAAUGGAAAUUGGAAUGUGAUUUAAGGAAGAAAAUAGACUUUUCUCAAAUGGACUACAUCAUCUCUCACCCACAGUGACAGUGCUGCUACUGCAAUUUUGUAAGAAUUCACACAUACCAGCUGUAGUUGGAAAAGCCAUGUCUCACUCUCAAAUCUCAGCUGGUUUUGACUGAAAUUCCUGGAGGGCUCAUAUUUUCUUCCACGUGCCUCUUGAUCUGUUCUGUCUGUGGCAGGGCUCUACCAGGAGGGAGUGAGAUCUGGGGACACAGUGGCUUCCAAGUUUUCUAAGGUUCAUGUGAAGCCUGAGUACAUUUACAAAGCUGCAAGUGGAUUCCAGCGCUCAGUCUUCCAGGAAAUAAUCCCAUCUGGCCACCAUGGCCUGCCAAGAGCUCUCUUGCCCCGUGCCUGCUGGGGACGGAAGGUUUUCAUGAAUUCGUUUUAAUGAAAAUGCCCUGCAUUGAGAAAUGUUUAUUUUAGAAAAGUUAGCCAGGCAUGAUGGCGGGCGCCUGUAGUCCCAGGUACUCGGGAAGCUGA